AUGGGUAUUCUUCUGAUAUACCUGCUCCUACGAAUAGGAUUGGCAUUUAGCUCUAAUUUUGGAUAUGUGGAGUGGUCUGACAACGACAAAGAUUCGGAGACCAAGACGCCAAACAAUCGUGACCCGCAAUACCACCCAACGCUGUUUAACAAGCCCGUCACUGAACGCACGGUGGUCGCGCACAAAAUUGAGGAGGACCUGCCCAGGGUGGUGACCGCUUUUCUUCACACGGGAGACUCUGCAACCCUGGAGCAUGUGAACUGCUCACGGCGGUACGAGUUGAGUAGCCUGCGCGGUGGUUCCCUGGUCGCCUCUCACUACUCUCUCCACAGUGUUUUGGAUACUAUGGCGCAUGCCACGAACUUCUUAAACAUGCUUCUACAAGCGAACAGGUCCAGAGAGCAGACGGUGCGAGGCGACAUUCAGUGGUAUCACGCGCUGGUCAGGAGCAUGCUGGAGGGAGACCCCAAAAUCCACCGGGCAGUGGUUUCCUUUCACGCAGAGUCCUCCACACCCGGCCCUCACGUUCUUCUCCAAGCGACAAGAACAGACACGGAUAUAGUUCUUCAAGACCUGUCGUCGUCUGCUGCUGCCCAUCGCCUUAAAAACAGGACGCCGGAUUCAGAGUGGUACAAUGAAUUCAGGGACCGGAGAAAGCCUCACGGUUUCCGUAGAGGCGUGAGCAGAGAUGCCAGAGGCACCCAAGAAGGCUACUUACUUGAUAAAGAUCAGAUCAAGUGGUCUGCCCCCUACCUAGAAUGCGAGAACGGAAACUUUGUCCCAUUCUGGCUUCUGACUUUGUCGGCCGGUUUCUAUGGUUUGAGGGCUAACUCGGCCCCAGAGUUCAGAGGGGUCGUGCGGGUGGAUGUGAAUCUGCAGGAUGUGGACAUUGACCAGUGUUCUAGCAGUGGCUGGUUCGCAGGCACCCACCGCUGUAACCUGACCACUAUGGAAUGUAAGCCGAUCAAUGGCCACGGGUUUGUCCUGGACAAGUACAAGUGCCAGUGCAAGAGAGGAUUCUACCAUCCCAGUCGAGUGGCACUCAAUGGGUUUUCAAGUAAGGAGCGCGGGUCUCAUCGAGAGGAGUCGUUGGAGGUGUCGGGGGGGAAGUGCCUGCCGUGUCGGGAGGGCUGCCCCUUCUGCAGGGACAACCGGCCGUGCCUGGCCACGGAGGACGGCUCUCUGCGGCUCGCCAUCGCCUCCUUCCAGGGCCUCUGCAUGCUCGUCGACUUCAUCGGGAUGCUGGUGGUCUACCACUUCCGACGGAACAAGAGAAUCAGAGCCUCGGGUUUGAUUCUGCUGGAGGCCAUCUUAUGCGGAGCCUUGCUUCUCUACUUUCCCGUGAUGAUAAUGUACUUCCACCCGAGCGUGUUCCGCUGUAUUCUAUUGAGGUGGGUCCGGCUCUUGGGCUUCGCUACUGUCUACGGAACUGUGACUCUGAAGCUUUACAGGGUGCUGAAGGUGUUCCUGUCACGCACGGCGCAGCGUAUCCCCUACAUGACCAGCUGCAGGGUGCUGCGUCUGCUGGGCAUCAUCCUGCUGGUGGUGGGCUGGUUCCUGGUGGCCUGGACCUCCGCAGUGGUGCAGCACCCCGACUGGCAGCGCACCCUCAUCGACGUGGGCAGCACCCCCGAGGGCCUGCAGUUCAGCACGUGCCUGCAGGACCGCUGGGACUACAUGAUGGCUGUUGCUGAGUUCCUGUUCCUGCUGUGGGCGGUGUACCUCUGCUACGCCGUGCGCAGCGUGCCCUCUGCUUUCCACGAGCCGCGCUACAUGGCUGUCGCCAUCUACAACGAGCUCCUCAUCUCAGCAAUAUUCCACAUUAUUAGGUUCUCUUUGGCAUCUGGGCUCCAUCCUGAUUGGAUGCUGACGCUGUUUUUCGUCCACACACACCUGACUGUCACCGUGACACUGGGCCUGAUGUUUGUCCCCAAGUUCUUCUCCUCGGGGACGCACACCAGCAGAGAUGACAUUGCCACGGAGGCUUACGAGGAUGAGCUGGAUAUGGGUCGCUCCGGCUCCUACCUCAACAGCAGCAUCACCUCGGCUUGGAGUGAGCACAGCUUGGAUCCGGAGGACAUACGGGAGGAGCUGAAGAAGCUCUACACCCAGCUGGAGGUCUACAAGAGGAAGAAGAUGCUGGCCAACAACCCGCACCUGCAGAAGAAGCGGAGCUCCAAGAAGGGCCUGGGCCGCUCCCUCAUGCGCCGCAUCACCGAGAUCCCCGAGUCCAUGAGCCGGCAGUGCAGCCGCGAAGACCGAGAUCGGGACGGCAGCGAGCACGGGAGCAACCGCAGCACGCUCAGGAGGAGCCACCACCCGGACUCCCGGCCGAGGGAGGACUCGCUGAGGAACAAGAUGUUCCCCGUCAAGAGGUCGCACAGCUACGACCACGUGUGCGACCAGAACGGGGACACGACGACGCCGAGCGCAAACACGUCGACCGAGAAGCUGGAAGCCCCCCCCCCCAACACGGAGGCCUCUCUGCUGGACACGCUGAUGGGGAGGAAGGCCAAGAAGGCCACGCCCCAGGAGACGCCGAAACAAGUGCAGCCCGCCGAAUCGGCCGAGUCCGUACCGCUGGUGUGCAAGUCCGUCAGCGCCCACAACCUCACCGCCGACAAAAAGCCCAUCCAGCUCAGAACCACCAUCAUGCAGAAGUCCCUGAGUGUGAUCGCCAGCGCCCGCGAGCGGACCCUGGGGCUGACGGGGAAGACUCAAAGUGUGGAGGACGCCAGCAAGAAGGGCCAGAAGGCCAAAGAUGGCAGACUAUCGGAGGUGGACGAGUCCCCCGAGUGCUACCCCCCGAAGAUGAUCAUCAGCCAGUCCGUGGAGUACACCAAGACGCCCUGCAAGAUGGGCAUCAUGAAGCAGCGCGAGGUGAGCGGGAGCCAGCCCUCCAUCUGCUCCGAGCCGGGCCGCAGCAAGGAGCUGUACGACCUGUCCGAGGUCUGCCCCUGGGAGCUGGAGGACCUGCCCACGCCCUCCUCCGAGGGGAAAACCCAGAAGCACGUGUCCAUCUCCAUCGCGCCGUGUGAGACAACAUACCCAACGACGGCAGCCCACAGUGGCAGUGGCAGUGGCAGCAGCUCCUCCAAGAGUGGUCGGUCCCAGCAGAAGCAGAGAGGCAGCGCGGGACAGUCACCUGCAGCCAGCCGCCGCCGCUCCAGAGACAAGGCAGGAGGAGGAGAGACGAGGGACGAGAUGCCGAGGAAGCCCAGGUCUCCACUCAACCUCGUCCCCAACCCGGAGGUGUGUCCGUGGGACAUGGAGGAGCCUAUGGGCAAAGUCAGGGAGGGUGCCGGGCUGUCUCCGGACAGGAGCGGCCGCAAGAAGAGCGUCACCCCCACGGACGGCAAGCCCAAGGUGCUACACUCGGACCACUCCAAGUCCACGGGGAGUCUGCUGCAGCCGCCCGCGCUGAUGGUGGAGAUCUGCCCGUGGGAUUACGACGCCCCGCCGCCGACGUCCCCGAAGCAGGACAGGGCGCUGAGCCCCACCUACCACUCCCGACCCAAGGACUCCUCUCACUCCAAGAGGAAAGGGUCCUGCUCCUCCAGGGGCAAGGACAGGGAUCGGGAGGAGGACGAGGGCAGGACGAGGCGUCCGUCCAAGAGCAAGGAGAGGAGGAGCUCGUCCAGCAAGGGCUCGGACAGGCGGCGCGUCAGCCAGUCCUCCGACAGCGGGCAGGUCGUCGCGGCAACCAGCAGCGGAAGGCGACGGAGCUCGACUCGGGAAGCAGGUUUGACGGAAAGCAGAAGAGCCGAGAUUUGCCCGUGGGAAACAGAGCAAACUGUGCCUGAUGACGCCGCCGCCGCCACCAAGGAUGGCGCCUCUACCAGUGUCUCUACAGCAAGAGACAAGCCGUCACAUCCUAAUCCCGCCGGGAAGCUGAAAAGUGUGAACAUGGAGGACGUUUGCCCGUGGGACUUUUAGGACAACUCUGGCAGGUAAAAAGCGCAUGAUUCUUGAUUGUACGCUCUGAAGCUGUUUCCUCCUGACAGCUUCUUCAGUCUGAACUUUUCGAUGUAAGGAACCCAGAAGGCGACAUUGAAGAAUGAACAAUGAGUUUUUCAAAGUUGCCUUGUCAAUUUUUUUUGGUCGGUGUCCUCUGAACAAGCAUUCCAAAAUGUUUUCAAGUAUUUGUUAAGCUGUAACAGACAAGUCGUUCUUAGUGCAUUAUAGAACUCAAAGACAUGUUACCACUAUGUAAAGAGUGAAUGUUAAAUGCAUCACUUGUACUGUGUUUGUAUGGUCAUAUGGCUUUGGUUCUUUGCUCUUCUCUGAAUGACCGCACAAAUGCAUGGGUGUACACACACAAUACCUAGAUCUGCCAAUUGGUAAACACUGGCUGGUGCCGGAUGACUUUUGUGAUGAUUAAUGAGGAAGCUGUUGGUGAAGAUGGAGCUUACAACAUAACAAAGAGACAAUGAACACAUUUAACUCUCCAUUCAGUGCCCUUCUGUAACAAGCACAACAUACUGCAUUAUUGGGGAGGCUUCUUGUAUAUAACCAGUUAAAUGAAACUGUGUCAUGCAGUUUUUUUUUCUUGAAGUGUUAAUACAUACACGUACAAGACAGACAAUGACACACGCAUACAC